GGAAUAACAGAACAAACAGACACACUCACUCUCUGCUCGUCUGUCAGUUAUGUUAUCCUUGGCCGCCCUCUCGCUGCGUCUCCGGGUCUCCGGUUGCCAAGGAGGCAGGCGCUCCAUGGCAACUGUCGUCUCCGGAAACAAAACGUCCAAGUUGGUGAGGGAGCGGCUGCAGAUUGAGGUGGAGAAGAUGUCGAGUCGGUUCUCCGGGUUCAGACCUGGUCUGGUGGUCCUCCAGGUUGGAGACAGAGACGACUCUAAUCUGUACAUCAGCACCAAACUGAAGGCUGCAGCCCAGAUUGGAAUCGAUGCGAAACACCUGAGACUGCCGAAGACAGCAACACAGGAGGAGGUCCUGCAGAGAAUCCUGUCCAUCAAUGAGAACUCGUCUGUCCACGGUCUGAUCGUCCAGCUUCCUCUGGACUCUGUGAACUCCAUGGACACUGAACUCAUCACCAAUGCCGUCUCUCCAGAGAAAGACGUGGACGGUCUGAGCUGUAUUAAUGCAGGGAAGUUGUCUCGAGGUGAUCUGAAAGACUGUUUCAUCCCCUGCACCCCCAACGGCUGCAUGGAGCUCAUCAGACAGACAGGCGUGUCUGUGAUGGGGAAACACGCGGUUGUGAUUGGUCGCAGUAAGAUCGUUGGAGCACCAAUGCAUGACCUGCUGCUGUGGAACCACGCCACUGUGACCACCUGUCACUCAAAGACCCCGGACCUACCUGAACAGGUGGGCCGGGCUGAUAUCCUGGUGGUGGGGAUGGGCCGAGCGGAGAUGGUGAGAGGAGAGUGGGUGAAGGAGGGAGCUGUGGUCAUCGACUGUGGAAUCAACCACAUACCAGAUGAGACGAAGGCGAGUGGUAAACGGGUCGUCGGAGACGUCCACUACGCCUCAGCCAAUCAGAGAGCGGGAUUCAUCACACCUGUUCCAGGAGGGGUGGGGCCGAUGACAGUGGCCAUGCUCAUGGAGAACACGGUGCAGAGCGCUCAGCGGUUCCUCCUGAAGAACCAGCUGAGGAGGUGAAACUCUGCAGGAACUCUGAAGGUAAAAGGCGUGAACAGGUAGACAGUCUGACUUCAGGGUAACACUGUGCUCUCGCAGCUCUUCGACCUUUAAACUGGACUGACUGAGGCCGUCGUCAUGGCAACAGCAGCAGAGACGUCUCCUGCUGGAGUCAACAGGAACUGAUCAAAUAAUGUGAUCAAUGUAUUGAUUAUUGACUCAAUCAGUGUUUCAAAUCAUUAAUGGAUCAUUAAUCUGAUAUAAAGAAUAGUAAUUUUUUUUAGAGUUUAUUAGUUUAUUUGGUUUCCUGUUUACAGUCCUGACGAUCAAUAAAGUUUGAGCUUCUUCAAACAUCCGAACAUAAAGAUUUAAUUUGUAUAUUUAUGUUUUUAUUCAGGGAACAGACUUCAAGUUCAAAAGGUCAAAAACAGCAGAUUAAAAAAAGAACAUUAAAUGAAAAGAAAUAAAUUAUUAAUAAUAAUAAUAAUAAUAAAUUAAUUAAAUAAUUCCAAUAAUCAGUAAUAUUUCACUCAUAAAACCGUCACCAGUAUUAAAACAUUCUCUGAAAAAUCUGCUGAAAAAACAACCAGCAGAAAAAAGUAGAUUGAAGUGAACAUAUUAUUGAUCUCUAUUAUUAUAACUAAUUAUAGAAUUGAUUGAUUAUAGAGAUAUAAAAUCUAUAUGGUGCUGAUUUGUUGUAAUUGUGUAAAUCUCUUUAUAACGUGGUGCUCUACAAAUAAAGUUUAUUAUAUGUUAAUGUCAAACUAAAAACAUUUCGUCGUGUCGUCUUCCUCUGCUGUUGGGAGAUAAUCAGGCGUUUGAUUGACAGCUGUGUGACGUCAUCAGCGCUUGAGUCACUAAUUAAGUUGAUUGACGAGUGUGACCGUCGUUUUAAUUGAUUCCUGAAAUAACUGCGAGACGGCGGAGGAGUGUGAAUAUUCUCUGUCACGUUUCAUUUAUUUCUUUAAUAACUUCAUGUUUCAUUCAUCAAUCAGUGUUAUCAAUACAGCUCCAUCUGUUAUCAACUGCUUGUGAUUCUGAAGGAUGUAAAAUGGUUUUAUGAAGAUGUUUAAACACUCAGAAUAUAUUUGUAUCAUAAUAAUUAAAAUAUAUUUUAUGCAAACACUCAAA